AUGGCAAGAUCUGGAGCCCGCAACCAGACUGCACAAGUCCGGCCGUCGACCAGCUCGCCGCCGCAGCAGCUCCCCGGUGCCCCAACGAGUUCAUGCGUCAAUCCCUCUCCACAACCACAACAGUUCCCUGGCGCCCCGGCGAGCUCCUCCGCCAACCCAUGGACACCGCCGCACUUCUACCCGAGCGCCUCGAUGAGCUCCUCCGCCAACCCUUCUCUGAAUCAAUGGAGGCCAUUGUAUACCCCUGCACCCGAUGGUUUGCUUGGUUUUGGACAAUUCUCACCAAUGCAUCCAUAUAAUUUCCAAUCACAGCCAAUGCACCACCAUGAACAAGGACAUCAGAUGAUGGAGAAUUUGCACUUUGUUGGUACUUCCCAACAUGAUUCUUUCUCAACACCACCACCACCACCGCACCCUAAAACUUCAACUCGGUCUGCUCCUGCAAAAGUGAAUCCAACUUCUUCCAAAAGGAAAAGGAAGGUCAUCACUGUUGAUGAUGAUGAACCAAGUGAAAGGACCGCACACCGUCUGUCCUAUACACCUGAGGAACAUGUCCGAUUGGCAUCGGCUUGGUUGGAGUGUUCCAUUGAUCCGAUCGAUGGCAAUGGUAAGAAGGGUGAGAAGUUCUGGGAUGACAUUGCUGUUCUGUACAACAGUACCACACCAAUACUUGAUAUUGGCGAGAGUCGUGGGUUUCCUGGCAUGUUAGGAAGUCUUGACUGUAUGCACUGGCGAUGGGAGAAAUGUCCUAUGUCAUGGAAGGGACAAUUUACCAAUGGGUAUAAAGGCGCUCCUACUCUUAUUCUAGAGGCGGUUGCUUCUCAAGAUCUUUGGAUAUGGCAUGCCUUUUUUGGUCUUGCUGGAUCGAACAACGACAUCAACGUGCUUAAUCAAUCCACGUUGUUCAUUGAGCAACUGAAAGGGAAAGCUCCACGGGUAAAUUAUAGUGUCAAUGAGAAGGAAUACCAACUUGGUUAUUACCUUGUAGAUGGAAUAUACCCCGAGUGGGCAGCAUUUGUGAAGUCAAUACCGAUGGCUCAAACGGAAAAGCACAAGUUGUUUGCUCAAUAUCAAGAAGGAGCAAGGAAGGACGUGGAACGUGCUUUUGGCGUGCUCCAGGCCCGAUGGUCCAUUUUACGGCGUCCGGCGCGCUUAUAUGACCGGGGCGAUCUCCACCACAUUAUGAUAGCUUGCAUCAUUCUACACAAUAUGAUCGUCGAUGAUGAAAAAGAAGAGGCGGGCAAUAUUCUUGAUUUGAAUGAAGAAGCAGGAACAUCAAUUGUCCUUCCAUCGGUAUUUACUCAUGGUGACAUGCCAGUUUUUGCCGAGGUACUUGAAAGAGAUGCUAGAAUCCGCAAUCGUCCAACGCAUAGAGCCCUAAAAGAUGAUUUGAUUGAGAAUAUUUGGAAAAAGUUCGGGCCUCAUUAG